CACAGAGCCAGCCCAGCCCCCUCGCCUCCUUGUCUGUGCUCUGCGGCUGCCACUCCCUCGACCUGACAGGAUUGCAAGGCUACCAAACAGACGCCCCAGUGACUGAGAUACCCUUUAAGAGAAGCAGCAGAUCUUCAUCUUGCUCAGGCACGAGGAGCAAGACUGCUCGAAUCGGCCAGGGGCCGGAGGACACGGUUUCUUCUCCCGUGUCCUGGUCCCCCUGCCCUGCCCCUCCAUGAGCUGCUGUUCUGAUGCAGCCCAUGGUCAUGCAGGGAUGUCCCUACACGUUCCCACGAUGUCAUGAGUGGCGGGCAGCUGAGCAACCCCAGCACAACGCUGGCCUCAACACCACCCGCCCCCAGCCUCAGGUUAGAGCCACCGCUGCGGCUUCUCAGGAUGGCACAGGGCCGACCUGUGUGAGGCAGCAGGUCCUGAACGGUGCUGUUGGGCCCCUGGAUGCUCCAGCCAUGAAUCUGUGUUGGAAUGAAAUCAAAAAGAAGUCCCACAACCUCCGGGCUCGACUCGAGGCCUUCUCGGAUCCCAGUGGGAAGCUGCAGCCGCCUCUUCAAGAGAUCAUUGAUUGGCUCAGCCAGAAGGAUGAGGAGCUGUCCGCUCAGCUGCCCCUCCAGGGGGCCGUGGCCCUGGUCCAGAAGGAAAAGGAGACUCAUUCGGCUUUCAUGGAAGAGGUCAAGUCCCGAGGCCCCUACAUCUACUCAGUCCUUGAGUCAGCUCAGGCCUUCCUAUCCCAGCACCCGUUUGAGGAACUGGAAGAACCCCACUGUGAGAACAAAGACGCUUCCCCCAGACAGAAGAUCCAGAACCUCAGCCGCUUCGUGUGGAAGCAGGCGACUGUGGCCAGCGAGCUGUGGGAGAAGCUGACCGCCCGCUGUGUGGAUCAGCAUCGCCACAUCGAGCGUACCUUGGAGCAGCUGCUGGAGAUCCACGGAGCCAUGGGGGAGCUGGGAAAUGCCCUGACUCAGGCCGAGGGCAUCCGGGCUACCUGGGAGCCCAUCGGGGACCUCUUCAUCGAUUCCUUGCCAGAGCACAUCCAGGCCAUUAAGCUGUUCACAGAGGAGCUAGCCCCGGUGAAGGAGGGGGUGAAGUUGGUGAACGAGCUGGCUCACCAGCUGGCCAUCUCUGACGUGCACCUCUCCAUGGAGAACUCCCGGGCCCUGGAGCAAAUCAAUACCCGCUGGAAACAGCUGCAGGCUUCAGUUAAUGAACGGCUCAAGCAGCUCCAGGAUGCCCACCGCGACUUUGGGCCAGGAUCCCAGCACUUCCUGUCCACCUCCGUGCAGGUCCCCUGGGAAAGAGCAAUUUCACCCAAUAAAGUACCCUACUACAUCAACCAUCAGGCCCAGACCACGUGUUGGGACCACCCCAAGAUGACUGAGCUAUACCAAACGCUGGCUGACCUGAACAACAUCAAGUUCUCAGCUUACCGGACGGCCAUGAAACUGCGCCGAGUCCAGAAGGCCCUACGCCUGGACUUGGUAACCCUGAACACGGCUCUGGAGAUCUUCAACGAGCAUGAUCUGCAGCCCAGUGAGCACGUGAUGGAUGUGGUCGAGGUCAUCCACUGCCUGACAGCCCUGUACGAGCGGCUGGAGGAGGAGAGGGGCAUCUUGGUGAAUGUGCCGCUCUGUGUGGACAUGAGCCUCAACUGGCUCCUCAAUGUGUUCGAUAGUGGGCGCAGUGGAAAGAUGCGAGCCCUGUCUUUUAAGACCGGCAUUGCCUGCUUGUGUGGAACAGAAGUGAAAGAGAAAUUUCAGUACCUCUUCAGCCAGGUGGCCACCGCGGGCAGUCAGUGUGACCAGCGCCACCUGGGUGUUCUGCUGCACGAGGCCAUCCAGGUGCCCCGCCAGCUGGGGGAAGUGGCCGCCUUCGGGGGAAGCAACGUGGAACCCAGUGUCCGCAGCUGCUUCCGCUUUAGCACCGGGAAGCCGGUCAUUGAAGCUGCCCAGUUUCUGGAGUGGGUCAACCUGGAGCCACAGUCCAUGGUGUGGCUGGCUGUGUUGCACCGCGUGACCAUCGCGGAGCAGGUGAAGCACCAGACCAAGUGCUCCGUGUGUAGGCAGUGCCCCAUCAAAGGCUUCAGGUACCGGAGCCUUAAGCAGUUCAACGUGGACAUCUGCCAGACCUGCUUCCUGACGGGCAGGGCCAGCAAAGGGAACAAGCUGCACUACCCCAUCAUGGAGUAUUAUACGCCGACUACUUCCAGUGAGAACGUGAGGGAUUUUGCUACAACACUGAAGAACAAGUUCCGGUCCAAGCAGUAUUUCAGCAAACACCCUCAGAGAGGAUACCUGCCCGUGCAGUCUGUGCUGGAGGCGGACUACACCGAGCCGCUGGCCUCCUCUCCGAUGUUGCCACACUCCGAUACGCAUUCCCGCAUCGAACACUUUGCCAGCAGGCUCGCCGAGAUGGAAAGCCAGAACUGCUCCUUCUUUAACGAUAGCCUGUCCCCUGACGACAGCAUGCGACUACGAGAUGAAGAUCAGUAUCUGCUGAGGCACUCGAGCCCCAUCACUGACCGGGAGCCCACUUUUGGGCAACAAGCCCAGGACGCCGCGGCCGCCGAUGACAAGGGGGAAUUGGAGAAGAUCCUGGCUCACUUGGAGGAUGAGAACCGGAUCCUUCAGGGGGAGCUGCGUCGCCUGAAGUGGCAGCACGAAGAGGCCGCUGAGGGUCCCCCCGAGGCAGCCCAGGACCCCCGCAACGAGGAACUCUUGGCCGAAGCCAGGCUCCUUCGGCAGCACAAGAGCCGCUUGGAGACGCGCAUGCAGAUUCUGGAGGACCACAACAGGCAGCUGGAGUCCCAGCUGCUGCGUCUGCGGGAGCUGCUGCUGCAGCCACCCCCUGAAUCAGAAGGCAAUGGCUCUGCAGGCUCCUCCCUGGCCUCUUCCCCACAGCAGUCGGAGAGCAGUCACCCCCACGAGAAGGAGCACACCACCCCAGACACCGAGGCCGCGGAUGAUGUGGGACAGAAAAGCCAGGACGUCAGCCUGUGCUUGGAGGACAUCAUGGAGAAGCUCCGCCACGCCUUUCCAAACGUCCGGAGCCCAGAUGUGCCCACCAACACUCUGCUGGCUUCCUGAGGUGUCCCGGCGUCCAUCCCCCACCCUGGAUCCCGGUCUUGGCCACAUCCCCGUCCCUGCCCCAACUGGGCCCUUCCUGUCACCACCAGCCCUCCUCCCUCUCCCGUUCCCCCCCCCCCUGGGUUAGUAUGUUUCAGGCAGCAGCAGGGUCUUGAGGUAAGAGCAGCCAGAUUUUGGGGGGAUGGAAAGAGGGGGGGCCGGCAAAGGGACCUUCCAACCCUCAAACCAGCAGUCCACUUCCCAUCGGCACUGCCACCAUAUCCCAGGAUACGUUGGGUUGGGGACAGAUAGCCAGUUUAGGGAUGUGAGCGGUCCCGUUCCAUCCCCUACCUGGCACCCGCCCAGGUAUCCUUGCCCUCUGGCCCAGCCCUGGGACCACGUGGGUACGAGCCCAGCCCCUCCUGGGAGGCUGGUGCCCCUUUCCCACAGAUAGUCUGCUGCCUGGACCCCCUUCCUCCCCAUGCUCCACCCCUCCCGCCCCCUAACUCGGCCUCCCUUCACUGGGCAGCCUUUCAGACUAGUCUUACUUGUCCCACUAACCCUCGGUGCCCCACGGGUGGCACUCCCAGGAGACGAGCGUCAGAGUGCCCUCAAGGACAGGGGGCUCCUUCCGCCUUUGGAAAGCAGCCUUGAUUUUUCCUGGCUCCUAACACCACCUAACAUUUGGGCCUCGUUUGGAAAAAAUGGAAGCCACUCCAGUGGAGGUUCCCUCCCCCCUCCUAUUUCUUCAAGGCCUCGGCCUCUGGGGCGAUCGGCCAGCAAUGCCCCGGGCAACCGGGCCGCUUGCUUUCCUCUGCGGGUCCCCUGGGUCCUGGAGAUCUGUCUGGUCAUGCCUCCUUCGGGGUCAGGGGUGGCAUAUCAGGCCAGGUCUCCAAAGGGGCUUUGUCCCCGCUGCCCCCUGGGAGCGGGCAUUGUGCCAGUCUGGCCUCUAAGGGCUUUGGGAGGAGGAAGCGGCCCUGGGGCCACCAUAGUGAUGUUCCCAGGGCCGUGACUGGGCCCAGUGCCUGCCCGGGGCUCCUCCUCUCCCUCCUCCCAGGGCGACGCGGGCAGCCAUCCAGAUGCCAGAGCCCAGCAGAGGUGCAGCUUGUGGCGCCAGGGCUCCAAGGGCUCUCCCAGAGCCUCCAGAGGAGCCCCAAGGGCUUUCCCUUUGCAACCCUCCUUUGAUUCUCUCAUUCUAAUGCUGGAUAGCGAAGUCUUGCCAGCUGAACUAACCUCCAUGGGCACGGCGCAGGCCCCGGGCCCAGAAGGGGGCCCGAGCAGGCAGGAGGCUCGGGGCCUCUGGCCCAAACCAGAGCCAACUUCAGCAGCCUUAUACUGGAAGGAGCUCUAGAACAGGGCCCUAGAAUCCAGUCUGGCUGUCUAGCUCUCUCUGCACUCCACCUAGAUCCAUCUCUGGCUGCCCCGUGCCAUCAGUAUUCGCACAUUAAAUCCUAAUACCUCGUGAAGUCUUCACGUUCUGCCUCGCUCUUUGUCAGGCCUGGCCCUCGGCCGUGUGGGGGAAGUGCCCGGAUGCCCACAUCCUCAGCUGCUCCCUCAGAACUUCCUCCGGGGGUGGCGCAGGCCACUCUGGGACCCGGGCUCCCGGGCCUGUCACUGGAGUCCCUCUGUCACCCCUGGGGCCUAGGGGAGACCAAAUCAAAGUUCUGUCCUGUCCCAGAUCCCCUAGUGUACCAGAAAGGAGACCACAGUCUCCAUUUCUGGCUUUCCCCAUCUCACUCCCCACCCCACCCCCACCCCCCGGGUCCUAGGCAAGGCCACAUAGUUGAUUCUUCAGCCCCUUCUUCUCUUCAUGAGGUCUCACUUGACCUCCUAAAGGAAGCAGAGGCCAACUUCGCCUUUGGGCGGCCAUCAGACAGGUCAGUGGGUAGAAGAGGAAGAGACUGUCUGCACCUGCGGCAGUCAAGAUGGCGACCGAGCCGGUUCCGCUGUCAGAGCUCUCGGGGCUGGAUGGCCGGGCCUUGGGCUUCCUGACCCAAGCUCAUACCCCAAGGUUGGGGAACCUCCGCCCUGGCCACAAAAGGGAUGAGAACAAUAGAAAGGUGCCAGGGAGAUCACACCAGGAAGACCUAAGGGUCUUCCCAGGGGCCCGAGGAGGAGCUGGUAGAUGGAAACAGGAAAGUGCUUGCUCCUUGUCAGGACGGCUCUGCUCCCCCGGGUGGAUGUCCCAGAGUAUUUUUUUAAACCAGGAACACCCUGGAAGGAUCCCCCAGGCCCAAGAGCUCAGCCACCUGCCUCCGAGAGGGAGUGGGCCAGGCCGGCAGGGAUGCACGGGGACUUGGUUAGCAGGUGCAGCGGGAGGUGGCGGGGAAGCAGCCCGGCUCCUUCCCCAAUGGGGGCUCAGGCCCGUGGUCAUCCCUGUGACCCGAGCGGUGUGUCGCCGUUAUGGGAGAAACGAGCCCUGGGAAUCCUUGAACGUGCCGUAUGUCGUCAGAGCAUCUAUUGUGUACUGGGUUCGACACUGUCGAAUUUCUUGUAAUGUGUGUGAGUGCUGGGGGGGGGGGGUGUCGCUAGCA